ACCUGGAGCUCGUGAGGGGCGCUCAAAACGUUUAACCUCGAAACGUGCGGCGAGUGAAAGAAACGUAUCGGAGGAAAAGCCGAAACCAUACCUCCCUCCAUCUUCCCCCAAAUCUUAUAAUAGAAAGAAACCUUUUGCUUCGUUCACCUGUUAUAUCGCGCGUCCCUUCUAAAACCUUCCAUAUUUCUUGUCCCAGAAACCAACCCUAAUUCCACCAGUCAUCAUCCAUUUCUAACCCUAGCCCCAAGAUUCCAAGAUAAUCUGUAUAAAAGACCUCAGCUAAAGCACUCUUUGCGGUUUGUCUGGUUUCAACUCGCAUCAGAUUGUUCCAUUUCUGCGAGUAAUUUUUUAUUAUUGGAUCGGAGGCUGCUUCGCCGUUGGAUUUCCGAUCGCUUGUUUUGGAUUGGGGAAUCGGUGGAGAGAUCAGGGUUUUGCUGGAAAUGGGCAGUCAGAAGAAGAGGAAUUUUCAAAUAGAGGCGUUCAAGCAUCGGGUGGUGGUGGAUCCCAAGUACGCCGACAAGACUUGGAAGAUAUUGGAGCAUGCAAUCCAUGAGAUAUAUAAUCACAACGCUAGUGGUCUUAGUUUUGAAGAGCUUUAUAGGAAUGCUUACAAUAUGGUACUGCACAAAUUUGGUGAGAAGCUGUACUCAGGGCUGGUUUCAACUAUGACUUCACAUCUCAAAGACAUAUCAAAGUUUAUAGAGGCUGCUCAGGGAGGUUUGUUUCUGGAGGAGCUGAAUAGAAAGUGGGCAGAUCAUAACAAGGCAUUGCAAAUGAUACGAGACAUACUAAUGUACAUGGACAGGACUUUCAUACCAAGUACUCAUAAAACCCCUGUUCAUGAGCUUGGGCUGAAUCUGUGGAGGGACAACAUUAUCCACUCCAGCAAAAUCCAAACAAGGCUACUAAAUACACUCCUUGAACUAGUACUCAGAGAACGUAAUGGUGAAGUCAUAAACCGUGGACUGAUGAGGAAUAUAAUUAAAAUGCUAAUGGAUUUGGGUUCUUCUGUCUAUCAGGAAGACUUUGAAAAGCCUUUCCUUGAGGUUUCAGCUGAUUUCUACAGGGUUGAGUCUCAGAAGUUUAUUGAGUGCUGUGAUUGUGCAGACUACCUGAAGAAAGCUGAGAGACGGCUAAACGAAGAAAUGGAAAGGGUAUCCCAGUACUUGGAUGCCAAGAGUGAAGUCAAGAUCACUAAUGUGGUGGAGAAGGAGAUGAUUGCAAACCACAUGCUGAGGCUAGUUCAUAUGGAGAACUCAGGUUUGGUAAACAUGCUUCUUGAUGAUAAAUAUGAUGACCUAGGAAGAAUGUACAACUUGUUCCGCCGUGUUCCAAAUGGCCUUUCAACAAUACGAGAGGUGAUGACCUCUCAUAUCAGGGACACUGGUAAGCAUCUUGUUACUGAUCCUGAAAGGUUGAGGGAUCCUGUAGAAUUUGUUCAACGCCUCUUGGAUGAAAAAGAUAAGUACGAUAAAAUCAUAGGCUCAUCAUUUAACAAUGACAAAACAUUCCAGAAUGCUUUGACUUCCUCUUUUGAAUACUUCAUUAAUUUGAACCCUCGUUCUCCUGAGUUCAUUUCAUUAUUUGUGGAUGACAAACUCCGCAAAGGCCUGAAGGGGGUUAGUGAGGAGGAUGUGGAGAUUAUCCUUGAUAAGGUGAUGAUGCUGUUCCGCUACUUGCAGGAGAAAGACGUAUUUGAGAAGUAUUAUAAACAGCAUUUAGCAAAACGACUCCUGUCUGGAAAAACUGUUUCUGAUGAUGCAGAGAGAAGUCUGAUAGUUAAGCUCAAGACAGAGUGUGGGUACCAAUUUACUUGCAAAUUAGAAGGCAUGUUUACCGACAUGAAAACCUCUCAGGAUACCAUGCAAGGAUUUAAUUCAGCCCAUGGUGCUGACUUAGGAGAUGGCCCUACGCUGGCUGUCACCGUUUUGACAACAGGGUCUUGGCCUACUCAGCCCAGCGUCACCUGCAACCUGCCUACUGAAAUGUUGGCUCUCUGUGAGAAGUUCCGGUCAUAUUACCUUGGGACCCAUACUGGUCGGAGAUUGACCUGGCAAACUAACAUGGGAACAGCUGAUAUAAAAGCAACUUUUGCUAAGGGCCAGAAGCAUGAGCUACACGUGUCCACUUACCAAAUGUGUGUUCUUAUGCUGUUUAACAAUGCUGAUCGGCUAAGCUACAAGGAGAUUGAGCAGGCAACAGAGAUCCCUGCUUCAGAUUUGAAGAGGUGCAUGCAAUCCAUGGCUUGUGUAAAAGGUAAAAAUGUUCUUCGGAAAGAGCCCAUGAGCAAAGAUAUUGGUGAAGAUGAUGUAUUUUUCGUUAAUGACAAAUUCACUAAUAAACUCUAUAAGGUGAAGAUAGGAACUGUAGUUGCACAAAAGGAAACAGAGCCUGAAAAACAGGAAACGAGGCAAAGAGUAGAGGAGGAUAGGAAGCCACAGAUUGAGGCUGCCAUAGUGAGGAUCAUGAAAUCGAGGAGGGUACUGGAUCAUAACAAUCUUAUUGCUGAGGUGACAAAGCAGUUGCAGUCUCGGUUCCUGGCCAAUCCUGUAGAAAUUAAAAAACGGAUCGAGUCCCUUAUUGAACGUGAUUUCUUGGAGAGAGACAAUGUGGAUAGGAAGUUGUACCGAUACCUUGCCUGAAGAAACAGCUAGGAAGUUGUAAUGAUAUCUUGCCUGAUGAAGCAGCUCGAGCAGAUUGUUCGGCUCUUGUUGGAAAGGUAGCUUUGACAACUGGUUUGUACCUUAUUUGGUUAGUGAAAAAUUGUUCUUUAAUUUCUGCAAGCUCCAAUUGGUUUCAAUGAAUCAUAUCCGUUUAUUUCUGCUCCCUUUAGAGAUGUUGGCUUCC